UCCUGAUAACGCAGUGCAUCAGUUGGUGUUCGGAAGUGAUCCUCGUAACAUCGGCCGGCGGCGUCAUUCAGAUUUGCGUACAAUGUCGAGGCUAGCCGGAAGUCGCCUCUUUCGGAUCGCGAGCAUUCUGCUAAUUUGCUGUGGUUUCGUGUGCGUUGCAGCGAACCAGGAGUGUAUUCCAUCGAACGGUAAAAAGGGACACUGUGUAGCUAUAGCCGCUUGCCCAGAGAUCGCCGCAGUGGCCGAACAAGAUACGCUGGUGCCGGAACAGGAGCGAUUGCUCAACUCAGUCAUGAAGGCCUGCGGCAGUGACGCGGCAGACCCGAAGGCGACUGUUUGCUGUCCAGCGUCGUCUGUGGCUCCGGCCACUACCAGUGCAGCACCGAACAUGACGGAAAAAAUCGGUUCUGGUUUAAUUCGGGCGCAUCUUCCCGAGGAUUGUGGCCAGCGUUCGCCAGGAGUUAAAAUCAUAUCCAACACCACCGAUGAGGACUACAUUUAUAUGUGGGCAGUGUUUUUGGAAAUUAGAGAAGCACCCGGCAGGAAUGCAAGCCGUUGCACCGGUACGCUUAUCAACAAGUGGUACGUCUUAACGGCGGCACACUGUGUGCAUAAGCUGCGAUUACAGAGAGGAUACAGUAGCAUCAAGAUGUAUCUUGGAUUGUAUGAUUUGGAGCAACUGGAGACGUGUUUGAGGGAUGGUCCGUGUGUAGAGCGCAGUGCAGUUAAGAUUGUAACUCACGCGCAAUACAGCUCACAUACGCUGCUAAAUGAUAUAUCGCUUAUUCGCAUGAAUCAAGCCGUGGAGGACACGGGAUUCAUUCAACCAGUCUGCCUUCCGUUGAAUCAUACCUACGAUGAAAGACAGCAACCGCAGGUCAUCUCGUACGGCUGGGGUAUAACAAAAAUAGGUGGAUCUUUGGAGCUAAGUAACGUGAAGCGUGUGGUCGGUUUGCACGCUGUAACCUCAACUGUUUGUACUAGAGAACUACGAGGGUUGAUUAAAGGUGGUACGCUACAGGCCACGCAGCUCUGCACUAAAGGUGCUGGAGGGGAAGAUGUAUGCAGAGGCGAUUCCGGGGCACCCAUGAUGGAGUGGAACGCCGAGCGUUGCUACAUAGUCGGUGUGGUCAGUUAUGGGCCAAAAUGUGGGACUACCGGUGCGCCUGGUAUUUCAACGAGAAUCUCGGAGUACAUCGAUUGGAUUCUGCACAAUCUGGAGAAGUAAUUGUUGAUACAGGUGAUUGCGCACAGCAUCCCGUGAACAGCGUGUGCUUCAAAAUGGUAAAUUUCAUUCAUCUCCGAUAGUGGCAGUACAAUUUUAUGCAUUUAGCAAUUUUUAGAUAUAAAUAGAUAGGUAAAAACAAUGCACAAACGAGAAUGAACAAGCAUUUAACAACGUUGUCAUGCUCAAAAAGGCAUUAUUCUCGAUUAGGGAGUAUGUUAGAAUAGAAUAGCAGUAGAAAAUCAAUUCCACUCUCUACCAGACUGUAAGAGGACCAGCCAGGCUUUGUAUAUCAGCCGAAUAUAAUGUGAUAAAAAAAUAAAUAAGGCAUCAAAA